AUGGAGAUCGUCCUCCGCAUUAUGGCAAAGCAAAACGGGAGGGAGCAGAUCCAAAACAGAAAGUCGGUCCCUCACUCUUUUGCCUCUUGCGUUUGUGAAUGGGUGAAGCCUGAUGACGUCGGCGCCAAAAACAGCAUCAAAAGACCCCUGGUUUCGCCUGCUCGAUUGGGCUUGGCAGCGGGAUAG